ACUCCUUGUUUUUUUGGCCCUCCUCUUCAGUCUUUCAUUCGCCUGACUGGAUGCGCCACUCAACAGCAGCCGGCAGAAGUACGUCUAGAGACCCUUUCAACUCGGACAUGUGAAGCGACAAGUGUCGAAAAAUAGAUAAUCUGAGCUGUGUGCAUUAUUUGUCGGCGGACUGACAAGUAUACGACUAAAACCAACAGUGAACGAAGCGGGUGGGAAAACACCAAAAAGUGGAAGCGUUUGAACGUCAACUUUACCGCCAAACUUCCCUUGGCGUUUUUUCUUUUUCUAUUACGGGGAUUUAAGAAGACUAUGCAAACAGACCGGAUUAUGAAGAACGCACAAAACUGUACAGAUCGCCCUGAAUAACUGCGAGAUUACACCUUUGCUAAAUCCGUCUCAUCUGCUCACACCCUUGUGUUUCGCACUACUGCUAAAAGAUGUUGUCCAGGCUGAGCGAGUGGUUCUGGAAUGAGAGGCUGUGGUUUCCAGAAGGCCUGGGUUGGGCCAACUUGGAGGGUAGUGACGGUCUCACCUACGCCAAGGCAGCUGACCUCUGGGUGACCCUGCCCAUCGCCCUCGUCUUCCUCAUUAUACGACAGAUCUUUGAGAGGACAGUGGCCAUUCAAAUGGCCGCGGCUUUGGGUGUAAAGGAGAAAGUCAGAGUGCGAGUGGAGCACAACCCCAUGCUGGAGUCGUUCUUCAGAAUCUCAAAUAAAACUCCCAAACAGUGUGAAAUCGAGAGUUUAGGUAAAAAGACCGGUUACUCCGAAAGACAGAUCCACAGAUGGUUUAGGCAACGAAGGAAUCAAGAGCGACCAAACAAGCUGAAGAAGUUCAAAGAGGCCAGUUGGAGAUUUACCUUUUACCUUCUUGCUUUCAUUGCUGGCCUUGCUGCACUUAUUGAUAAACCUUGGCUCUACAAAAUGGAGGAGAUGUGGACGGGGUUUCCAAUGCUGACGCUGCUGCCUUCUCAGUUCUGGUACUACAUGAUUGAACUAGGCUUUUACAUGUCGCUCCUCUUCAGCGUCGCAUCAGACAUCAAGCGAAAAGAUUUUAAAGAACAAAUAGUGCACCACGUUGCCACCAUCCUGCUGAUUAGUUUCUCCUGGUGUGUGAACUACAUCAGAGCAGGAACCCUCAUUAUGCUGGUGCACGACGCCGCCGACUAUCUGCUGGAGUCUGCCAAAAUGUUUAACUACGCCGGCUGGAGAAAAGCAUGCAACUACAUAUUCAUCCUAUUUGCUGUCGUCUUCAUGAUCACCAGACUGGUCAUCUUUCCAUUUUGGAUUUUGCACUGUACCUGGGUGUAUCCAGUGACUGUUUAUCCUCCGUUCUUUGGGUAUUACUUCUUUAAUGGGCUGCUGUUUGUGCUGCAGUGUCUGCACAUCUUCUGGGCCGUACUCAUCCUACGUAUGGCCGUCAAAUUCUUGCCAGGCAAUAAUAUUGUGGAGGACGAGAGGAGUGACAGAGAAGAAACAGACUCUGAGGACGACGUGAAAGAGCAGGAGGACAGGAAAGUGCCAAUGAAAAAUGGACCAGUGCAGAACGGCCACUCUCCUCUAAACAACAACCAUCACCGCAAGACUGAGUGAUACUAGCAGAGACGAGAGAGGAGGUACAACACUCCACUUCCUGUACACACGGACGAGACCAAAAAAACUAAUGCCGGGGGUGUUUGAUGGAUUGAAAAGGCCUAGAGCAAACGCACACACAAUACAUGUAGAUACAUAUGUUACUCAUUUUUGGAAACGGACAUCAUUCGAAAAGGAGGAAUGAUAUAACGUCUUUCCCCUUGCAAACUAUUUAAAACACUAUUAACAGGCACCAUAUCAUUAAAUAACCCUUGUGUUUGUUCAGGGUCUGUUAUAGAUUGUCUAAUGUUAGUAAAUCCAACGUUCACUUGCUUUACUGGUAAUAUUUCCUCCAAUUUAUUACUUGUUUAGUGCCUUAUUAGUACAGAGUUGUACUGCUGUUCAUACAUUUCUUUUCCUUUUUAUAUUUUGGGCAUCACACGCACACUAUUAUCCUCCCUUGUCAGUAAUGAGAUUUUGCAUGCUUUGUCUGGUCAACUGUCAGAUUUCCCAGAAUCCCUCAGUAUUUGAGUUCUGAAGUUGCCGGAAACUGACUGGAAUUUAGUUUUUUGUCUCCCAUUUGUUCACUAUGUAAUAACAGUCUCACCAAGUGACCUUCACACACCUGCUUUUCUUAGAAAACACACAUGACCUUCAUCGGAGGUGUGUUUACACUGCCGAGGGUCUUCCUCGCUGAUCUUUCCACAAUCCAGUUGCACUAAUAUAGGUUACUGAUCCAGUCUUGCAACACUACCACCAUAUAGAGACGCAAAAACUCAUGAUUUGUAUUGCCAUGAUAUCCCAUCCCAUAGGCGCUCAAUCACUGUGCUGCUUUUUACAUUUAACAUUUGUCUGUUGAGUUUGUAAUGAAGCAACAAAUGUGUGUGUGAAAGAAUCUCUCAUAUCUAAUAUUUGUUUUGGUCGGUGCGUGUCCUGUAACACAUUUCUGUUAAAAAAUGCAUUCUUAAAUUUUUAUUUUUUUUUGUAUUUUUUUUUUUUUUCAGGGUUUUCAUUUAAGAUUAUUUUUAUUUAAGGUCCAGUUACUUUCAGCAAACCUGAUAAGCUGAUAAUUUAAGCAGUAUGUAAAAGAAAUGACACUAAAAAGCAAAAAACAAACUACGUGGCAGGAGAAGCUGUAGUUGAUGUUUUCCUCCAUUUAAAUGAUGAAUAAUUACAAUAAGAAUCAGUAUUGAGUGCUAGAUGCACUUUGUAACUCUCCGUCUAAUGUAAAAUGCAUUAUAAUGAUUGUGUUGUUAGCAAACUCUUUGACAUAAUUGAUACUCUGGCUUGCAUUUGUGGUAUUUAUGAGAAAUGGAUUCCAUAGUUUUCAAAAAAAAAAAAAAUUUGAGUUGGAAUUGAUCCAGUAUGUACUGUUUGCCCAGUAGCUGCUGCUUUACAUGAGAUCAUUUUAAACCUUAAAGGGACAGUUGACCCAAAAAUUAACAUUGUCAUUAUCACUCACGCUCAUGUUGCUCGAAAACCUGACUGACUUUUCUUCUGUGGACAACAAAAGAAGAUAUUUUGAAGAAAUAUGGUGUGCAAACAACAUUGGACCCCAUUGACUUUAAUUGCAUGGAUGAAACCGAAGAAGAAAGUCGUACAGGUUUGGAAUGACAUGAGGGUGAAUAAAUGAUGACAGCAUGUUAAUUUUUAGGUGAACUGACCCUUUAAGUGUCAUAAUCAAUAGAAAAGGUCAGCUAUAUCAUCUUUCAUCAUGAUCUCUUAUUAUAAUUUUAGCAACGGGUUUACAAAAUUUGGUCCAGUAUUUGUUUUGUUAAUAUAUGAAAGUCAGUGUCAAUACAGGUGCUCAGCGUGUAAUGCAUUUUGCAAGUGGAACGGGACAUCUGGAUUGACUGUACGGAGUUAUUUUAAGUUUCAAAAUGUUGUCACAAGUGCCUUAUUUGUGCCUUAAAUGUGUAUUUGUGUCGUUUCUAUGUGUGCUUGUUGUUCUUGUGCUCCUCCCCUCAUCGCCUUUAGAUUUUAAGCUGAAGCAUCCUCCUCUCUUUCACUCCUUCUCUGUUUACAUCCAUUCAACCUCAUCUCUCCUCACGGCCCGGUGCCAAGACCAAUUCUUCCCCCUCACCGCGUCCUGUCGACUGGGUCCACCGCACAAACAUAAACUAUUUGAUCAGUGUCCCAAUUGCCAGUGUUUUAUGUUGUAUCUUGUAUCAUCAUUAUUCAAUGAUGAAAGAUAAAGAUUUCUGUGGAGGACAGUG